AUGGCCAGGAACAAGAAGCAGAGACUCUUCUCCGCCCUGCUCUCCUUGGCCCUCCACCGGAUUAGGCCUCCGACGUCCAGCCGAGCCACUGACACCGCUGUGACUGAAUCGACACCGCACCCUUCCUCGCUGCACCACCACGGCAACUCCUCCCAUCAAUCCAUGGCAGAGAAGCUCGCCGCCGGGCGAACCCUCGUCCUUGACGUGGACGACGGGCUCCUCCUUCCGUCGUCGUCCUCCCCCUUCCCCUACUUCAUGCUCGUGGCGCUGGAGGCCGGAGGGUACAUACGGGGCCUCGUGCUUCUCCUGCUCUACCCAAUCAUCUUAUGCAUAGGCGGCGACAGCGACGCGGCCGUGAGGAUGAUGGCUAUGGCUGCCUUCUGCGGGUUGCGCGCGGGCCCGUUCCUCGCUGGCCGCGCCGUGCUGCCCAAGUGGCUCAUGGAGGACGUGGCCGCGGAAGGCUUGGAGACAAUGAGGAUGAGCGGCGGGCGGAGGGUGUGCGUGGCGAGGAAGAUGCCGAGGCUGAUGGUAGAGGGGUUCCUCAGGGAGUACCUCGGCGCGGAGUCGGUCGUCGGGAAGGAGAUGAAGGUUCUCUGGGGGUUCUACACCGGUCUAAUGGAGGAGGAAGACAAGGUGAUGUUGGAGGAGAAAAUCAUGCUGGAGGGUAAUGAUGCUGUGGGAUUCUCUGGCUCGCUCGAGUUUCUCCAGCAUCCUCUCUCGCGCUGUUGCAAGAACGUGUACCUCGUGACAAAAGACGAGAAAGCCACGUGGCAAGCGUUGCCGAGGAGCAGGUACCCCAAGGCGUUGGUGUUCCACGACGGCCGCCUCGCAUUCCGGCCGACGGCCGGCAGCACGAUCGCCAUGUUCACGUGGUUGCCAUUCGGCGUUGCCCUUGGCGCCGCCCGCCUGGCCGUCGCGCUCACCGUGCCGUAUCGAUAUUCCACGCCGAUCCGGGCAGCCAGUGGCAUGUCGUGGCGCCUCAAGGUCAAGGCCGGCGACCGGCCGACGCUGCUGCUGGGCGGCGACGGCGAGCGAGGACGUCGGCGCGGGCAGCUGUACGUGUGCAACCACCGCACGCUCAUCGACCCGGUGUACAUAUCGGUGGCACUUGACCGGCCGGUGCGCGCCGUGUCGUAUAGCCUGAGUCGCUUCUCGGACCUCCUGUCGCCGAUCGGGCGCACCGUGCGGCUGGCACGAGACCGCGACGUGGACGCAUGCAUCAUGGGCCGACUCCUCGACAGCGGCGACCUCCUCGUCGUCUCCCCGGAGGGCACCACCUGCCGGGAGCCGUACCUGCUCCGGUUCAGUCCACUGUUCGCGGAGCUCAGUGACGACGUGGUACCCGUGGGCCUCGCCACCGAGACGGGCAUGUUCUACGCUACCACUGCGGGGGGGCUCAAAUUCCUGGACUCGCUCUACUACAUGGUGAAUCCGAGGAUGUGCUACACGGUGCAGUUUCUGGAGCGGGUGAGCACGUCGGCGGUCAGGGAGAGGAAGGUGACGAGCGCCGACGUCGCCAACCUCGUGCAGAGGAAGAUGGGGGAUGCGCUCGGUUACGGCUGCACCAUGUUCAACCGCAAGGACAAAUACCGCUUGCUUGCCGGCAACGACGGCAAGUGCUCCAUUGCUCCUGCAGCGACGAUCGACCUAACAACAACGUAACCGAUGAUGAGUCAUAUAUACUCAUAUAUAUCUAGCUACACUCUUUAAUUUGUCUUACGGUCCACUUCAGCAUAGUUCAUAGACGACACCCCACAUCGCUCAUAUCUACCAAGCACCGAUACUUUAGAAAUGUGUGUAUCGCCGUUCAGUACUUCAUCGAUACUCCGAUACGUCGGAUACGCCUCCCAAGUAUCGCAUUUUCCAAUUUAAAAAUAAAAUAUUUUUUUUUGCGAU